ACAACCCUGUGUUCCCGUUUGUUUUGGUUUUCCACGUGUUUCCGAGUUCUCAGACCGAAACCCGCGAAAUUUAAAACAGUUUUUAACAAAUCAAGAGCAAAUUUUUAAUCCCAAGAAGUUAAAUUAAAUAGAGGAUUUGGGAUAAAUCCUCCUCGAAGAAGAAAAGCACCUUGUUUCAUUGCAAUAAACGUUCACAAUCUGAAAAAUGCCGAAAUCUAGAAGAGACAAGAAAGUGUCCCUCACCAAGACCGACCGGAAAGGAUUGUCUGAAAAACAGCAGAUUAUCGAGGAAAUUCAGAUGUGCCGAGAGAAAUACGAGAAUGUGUUUCUGUUCACUGUUCAAAAUAUGCGCAACAGCAAGCUGAAAGAAAUUCGCACCAAGUGGAAAAACUCGCGGUUCUUUUUCGGGAAAAACCGCGUUAUGCAACUGGGGCUAAAGCUGGUGAGUGACGAGGACAAGCUGGGAAAACUGGAGGCGGGCAUGGACCAGCUGCGAGAGCAAAUGAUUGGGCAGUGCGGCUUGCUGUUCACUUCCGAAACGAAAGAAACCGUGCUGGACUGGUUUGACUCGUACAUUGUUGAUGAGUACGCCCGGAGCGGUUUCCGGGCCACCCAAACGGUCAAACUCGAGGCAGGGCAUUUGGAAGAGUUCUCGCAUGCCAUCGAGCCACAUCUUCGAUCGCUGGGAAUGCCAACCAAGCUUGACCGUGGAGUAGUAACACUGUAUAAAGAGUACACGGUAUGCGAGAAGAACAAAGUUCUCACUCCGGAACAAGCACGCAUUUUAAAGCUCCUCGGCAAGCCCAUGGCAAAGUUUAAGAUCAUCAUCAAUUGUUGCUACACUGCGAAGGAAGGGUUCGAACUUAUCAACAAUCGGGAUGUAGAACCGAAGAAAAAAUCUAAAACAUCUUCUACCGGCAUCCAAAAUCAGAAAUCAUCUGUGGCGCUUACUGCCUCUGAUACCGAUGGCGAUGAAGAUGAAGAAGACGAAGAUAGCGAAAUGGAAUUGGAUGAAGACGACAAUGUAAGCAAUGAUGAAGAGAUUUAGUAUCGGUUACUAAUAAAGUGGAUCCUAAACACUGGUCUUCAAAACUGUUCAAAAACGGUCGGGCGUUCACGAAGUCGAUGGUUUCAACGCGAACUUUAUUUAAUUAAUCACUAAAAUAAAUAAGAAUCUACAUUUGUUACAGACUUACGACCAAAUUCUCUUCCUCGCAUCGAGAAUUCAAAAUCGUUUUUUUAUCCUGUCUUAUCUUUCUUGUCUGUCUUUAUGCAUCGCCCACGGUAGCAGAUUUCGGUAUCAUGCGUGAUACCACUGGAGAUGGAAGUAGGAAUCACGAGCGAUCCCAUUGGGUCUACUUUCGGGGUCUCCGCGGGAACUAAAUCUGAAACUACCGAUUCGAAUUGUGUUUCACUAGAAGCCAUAUCUGGUUCAGCAUCGUUAAUAUCACCAUCGUCAGUAUCCUUUACUUCCUGUAAUAAAGUUUCAUCCGUCGUUUCAAUAUACAUAUCCUCUGCAACUUCAGCGCCUUGCACUACUGUUCCUAUUUGUACGCCAUCAAUUUCCUCCUCGGUAUCGGAAUCAUUAUCGGCCAUUUCA